UACUAUAAAAUUUUUCAAAUUUUCAUGACAGAAAUUUUAUAAAAAUGAGGCGAAAUUGGCGAGGGCGAUACAAAAAUAAUUGGAAUCGAAACAGGAAUAAUACACGAAACUCCGCAGACACCGGCAGUGUUAAUAAUUCUACAUCUUCCAUUCCUAUAUCUAAUACAUCUAGUUCCGUUAGAGCUCCAGCAAACCGGUUACCUAUUGUAGUGCCUAUAAAUUCAGGAACAAAUGUAUGGAAAUUGUACUUCCCUACAGAAGAACAGCCGAGUACAGAAGUUUUACCUCGUAUACAAUGCUUUAAAACCUUUAUAAAUAAAAACAGAACAAUAUUUGAUUUGGAAAAAAUUGAUCAAACCAGAAGUGUUCCUUUAGAUAUUCAGAGUUUAACAAACGAUGAAGACUUUAACAACCAUUGGUCUUCAUUUCAAACAGAUUUGUUUGAAAAGCCGGAAAUGACAUUACGCUUGUUAGAGUUUUGUUUACAUGAGAGCCUUAAAUGUGAAUCCAGCAUUAAAGUUAGAGUUUUUAAUCACCAACCAGUAAUACCUAUAAGUAAUUUAAAGGUCAACUAUUUUGGGAAACUCGUUACAAUAAAAGGAACUGUGAUAAGGGUGGGUAGUGUUGGACUGAUUUGCUCAUCUAUGGCUUUUGAAUGUAGUAGCUGUCAUAGUGUACAAGCUGUAAUGCAGCCCCAGGGUGUGUUUACAGUACCAAAUUUUUGCCACAAUUGCAAAAGUGGUCACAAGUUUGAACCUCUGCAGUCAUCACCAUUUACAAAUACAACUGAUUGGCAAGUUGCUAAGAUACAAGAAAUACAGUCACAGAGUUUAUCAGGUACAAUUCCGAGGAGUGUUGAAAUAGACCUUCAAGGCGAUCUGGUUGGUACAGCCUGCCCGGGAGAUGUCCUUUCUGUUACAGGCGUAGUACAGGUGCGUGGUGAAAGCAAAGGUGGAGAAGACGGCAAAAGAGCUGCAAGAUUGUUACAACUCUAUGUAGAAGCUGUUUCUAUUCACAGCCAACGGAAUUUGAGCAAUCCAACGCUCACUUUCACUCUAAAGGAUUAUUAUGCAAUACAGGAAAUCCAUGCAUCAGAAGAUGUAUUCAGGCUUCUAGUACAUUCUCUAUGUCCAACUAUAUUCGGGCAUGAACCCGUCAAAGCUGGUCUGAUUCUGGGCUUAUUUGGUGGUACUGAAAAUGAUAAUGGCUCGAGAAGCAAUCCUCAUGUUUUGGUUGUUGGAGAUCCUGGAUUGGGAAAGUCUCAGUUGUUACAAGCUGCCGCACAUGCAGCUCCUAGAGGUGUGUAUGUUUGUGGAGCGUCAGCAUCAGGCGGUGGUCUAACCGUAGCGCUCGGCCGAGAAGCCGGUGGGGACUUCGCCCUCGAGGCAGGUGCUUUGGUCCUCGCUGAUAAGGGCGUGUGCUGUAUUGAUGAAUUGGAUAAGAUGUCGUGCCACCACAGCAGUCUACUAGAAGCGAUGGAACAACGUCGGGUGUCCGUCGCUAAAGGGGGCGUGGUUUGUAGUCUGCCCGCACGGGCUACCGUACUAGCCGCUGCUAACCCCGCUGCGGGGAGCUAUAAUAGAGCUAAAACAGUAUCAGAAAAUUUAAAAUUAAAUUCUGCGUUACUAUCCAGAUUUGAUUUGGUGUUUAUACUUCUGGAUCAACCUGAUGAGAAAACAGAUGCCAUGUUGUCAGAGCAUGUUUUAGCACUACAUUCGGGACCAAAAGGAAAGAAGAAAGCAACUACAAAUUUUGAUGCUUUCAACACAAGUUCUACUCAAAACAAUAGCAAUAAUAUGUCUCUGAGUCAAAGGCUUCGUCUAAAACCAGGCGAGGUAAUCGACACACUACCAAUGGUACUACUUCGCAAGUACAUUGCAUACGCAAGGAGAUACGUACACCCAAAACUUAGUACUGCAGCGGCGAACGCUUUACAGAACUUUUACUUGGAACUACGUCAUAAUCAUCAGAGUACAGUGAGCGAUGGAACACCAAUCACAACGAGGCAAUUGGAAGCUUGCAUUCGGCUCACUCAGGCGCGGGCGAGAGUUGAUUUAAGAGAAGAAGCCACAGAUGAAGAUGCAAAUGAUGUUAUAAGCUUACUUAAACAUAGCUUAGUUGAUACAUUCAGCGAUGAAUUUGGGAAUAUUGAGCUAUCACGAUCAAUCAAUGGGUCCGGAGUCAGCUCUAGGAAUAAGGUCAAAAAAUUCUUAGACGCGAUAUCAAGAAGAGCUCAUCAAAUGAAUAAAGAUGUGUUCACAAGACAAGAGUUAAUUCAGAUUCAUAAAGCAGCGGGUGUUGCUGGAGAUCCAAAUGAUCUUAUAGAAGCUAUGCAUAUUCAUUCAUAUUUAUUACUCAAGGGGUCUAAUACGUACCAAUUAGUUGCAAUAUAAUUGAUUAUUAUUUUAAUUUAAAUUUGAUCUAAUUUCGACUCACUUUGAUGUGAUUACUUAUGGAAAAUUGUAUUUUUGAUAAAAGAAUGAUGUAUGGUAAAUUUCAUAAAGUGUUGUUAGUAUAAUUAAACUCGAAAACAUAAUAUGUAAUUAGCUAUUUUAUUUAUAUUGCAAAUACUCAUAAAAAUGUGAUGACACGAUUUUAUAAUAAACUAAAGCAUAAAAUAAUAUA